AGGAAAGCCGACACACCGCGUGCCAAGGCACCCUGGGAGUUGUAGUUCCCGUUACCCAGAGCGACGGGAAGUCGAGUGCCUAGGGCUGCAGUUUUGCCUGGCGGGAAACAUUCGGACCUGCUGCUGAGACCUCUAGCGGCCGCGUCACUUUGUCGGGAUGAGUUGUCGGGGCUUGUCCCGGCUAUUUUAAUUCGCCCCCUUCGGAGAUCGGGAGCGGACUCGGUGGUGGCUGGGGGGCGGAGAGGGAAGGCGGGAUCGGGAAGCCCGAGCGAUCCCCGGGACCGGGAUCAUGCGCGGGGGCCGAGGCUGCGAGCGCGCUGCCUCGGCAUGACUUUUCUGGCUAUCCGCGUAGGCCUCCGCGCUGUCCGCGGCCUGUCCCGCGACGCCAUGGAGGCGGCUUUCCGGGGCUGCCGCCGAGUCCUCUGCGUGGCGGAGAAGAACGACGCGGCCAAGGGUAUCGCGGACCUUCUCUCCGGCAGCCGGAUGCGGAGGAGAGAAGGAUUGUCCAAAUUCAAUAAGAUCUAUGAGUUUGACUAUCAACUACAUGGCCAGAAUGUCACCAUGGUAAUGACUUCUGUUUCUGGACAUUUGCUCGCUCAUGAUUUCCAGAUGCCGUUUAGAAAAUGGCAGAGCUGCAACCCUCUUGUACUCUUUGAAGCUCAAAUUGAAAAAUACUGCCCAGAGAACUUUGUAGAUAUCAAGAAAACAUUGGAGAAAGAGGUCAAACAAUGCCAGUCUUUGUUGAUCUGGACUGAUUGUGAUCGAGAGGGAGAGAACAUUGGGUUUGAAAUUAUCCAUGUGUGCAAAGCUGUGAAGCCAAAUCUCCGAGUAUUUAGAGCCCGCUUCUCUGAAAUCACUGCUAAUGCUGUCAAGACGGCCUGUCAACACCUGACUGAGCCUGAUCAGAGAGUGAGUGAUGCUGUGGAAGUAAGACAGGAAUUAGACCUGAGGAUAGGAGCUGCCUUCACAAGGUUCCAGACUUUAAGACUUCAGAAAAUCUUUCCAGAGGUAUUGGCAGAGCAGCUGAUCAGUUAUGGGAGCUGUCAGUUCCCAACAUUGGGAUUUGUGGUAGAAAGGUUCAAAGCAAUCCAAGCUUUUGUGCCUGAGACUUUCCACAAAAUUAAAGUGACUCAUGAGCAUGAAGAUGGAGUUGUGGAUUUCAGCUGGAAAAGACAUCGUCUCUUUAAUCAUACAGCAUGUCUUGUCCUUUAUCAAAUGUGCAUGGAAGAUCCAGUAGCCACAGUAGUAGAAGUUGCAUCUAAGCCUAAGAGCAAAUGGAGACCUCAGCCUUUGGAUACAGUGGAACUCGAAAAAUUGGCCUCUCGAAAAUUGAAGAUAAAUGCCAAAGAAACCAUGAAAAUUGCUGAGAAGCUCUAUACUCAGGGGUAUAUCAGCUAUCCCCGAACUGAGACAAAUAUUUUUCCCAAAGACUUAAACCUGACAACUUUGGUGCAGCAGCAGACACAUGACCAACAAUGGGGAGCCUUUGCCCAGAGAAUUCUAGAUAGAGGUGGUCCUACCCCUCGUAAUGGGAAAAAAUCUGAUCAAGCUCAUCCUCCCAUUCACCCCACCAAAUACACGUGUAACCUGCAGGGGAAUGAAAAACGACUGUAUGAAUUUAUUGUUCGCCAUUUUCUAGCCUGUUGCUCUGAGGAUGCUCUGGGACAGGAAACAACUGUAGAGAUUGAUAUUGCUCAAGAGCGCUUCGUUGCUCAUGGUCUCAUGAUUCUGGCCAGAAACUAUUUGGAUGUUUACAUAUAUGAUAAAUGGAGUGACAAGGUCAUUCCCAUCUAUGAGAAAGACUCCUGCUUCCAGCCAACCACAAUAGAAAUGGUGGAUGGUGAGACCAGUCCACCUCAACUCCUCACAGAAGCAGAUCUUAUUGCCCUCAUGGAGAAACAUGGCAUUGGGACGGAUGCAACUCAUGCAGAGCAUAUUGAGACCAUCAAAUCACGGAUGUAUGUGGGACUCACCUCUGAUAAAAGAUUCCUCCCAGGACAUUUGGGCAUGGGGCUGGUGGAAGGUUAUGAUUCCAUGGGCUAUGAGAUGUCUAAACCUGAUCUCCGGGCUGAGCUAGAAGCUGACCUAAAACUUAUUUGUGAGGGAAAAAAGGAUAAGCAUGUGGUUCUAAGACAGCAAAUCCAGAAAUAUAAGCAAGUUUUCAUCGAAGCUGUGGCCCAUGCCAACAAGCUGGAUGAAGCGUUGUCUCAGUAUUUUGGAGAAAUGGCCACAGCAGUUGAGCAAGAGGAACUGUAUCCCGCAAUGCCAGAAACUAUCAGGAAGUGUCCACAGUGUAACAAAGACAUGGUGCUCAAGAGAAAGAAAAAUGGCGGAUUCUACAUCAGCUGCAUGGGCUAUCCAGACUGCCGAAAAGCUAUAUGGUUUCCAGAUUCCGUUCUAGAAGUCAGUAAGGAUGAGAGUGUGUGUCCAGUCUGUAAACCACAUCCUGUUUACAGGUUGAAAUUAAAGUUCAAACGAGGAAGUGUCCCUCCCACCAUGCCUCUGGAAUUUGUUGGCUGCGUUGGAGGUUGUGAUGAGACCCUGUCGCAGAUCCUGGAUCUAAGAUCUUCCAGUGGUCCUUCCAGAGCUUCACAGCCAUCAGGCCAGCCUACCAACUAUUUACAGGCCAACCAAUCCUUGAACAGAAUGAGCAACAGUCAGGGCAGAUCUUCCAUUUCUCCUACAGAACAACAAACUAGACCCCUUGAGCCCUCAGCUAGAAGACCUGCAGCCACUAAUGAGAAUCACAACACUGUGAUGUGUAACUGUGGCCAAGAGGCCCUCUUGCUCACUGUUCGUAAAGAAGGGCCCAAUCAGGGCAGGCUCUUCUACAAGUGCAACACAAACAAUUGCAAUUUCUUCCUGUGGGCUGAUAGUCACCAGGGAACAGAAGUGGCCUCUUCCUCAAGAAUAAGGACUCCAAGUCAUUUCCAAGGGAACUCCACAAAUUCUGGAGGAAGGCAAGAUGGGUUUGGAAACCAUGGCAGUGCCAUAUGCAUGUGCAACCAACCUGCCAUCACACGGACAGUGCAAAAGGAGGGGCCAAAUAAGGGACGACAGUUCCAUACAUGCUCAAAGCCGAGGGAGCAACAGUGUGGUUUCUUUCAGUGGGCUGAUGAAAACAUGGUACCAGUAAAUUCUGGACCAGUUUGGUUUCGGGGGAGAGGGUCAGAAGCCAAAAGCAAAAGACCUAGGACUAACUCAAACACUGACCCCACAACGAAGAAAGUACGGAAAUGUAGUGUCUGUCACCAACCUGGACAUACCCGGAUCACCUGCCCUCAGAACAGGUGACUGAGGGAGAGGUGAGGCAGAGAGUUGUUGUUCUUUUGUUGAAGGAAAUUAAAAAGUUUUAAAAUAAGAACUCAAUAAAGUGCCCAAGGAAUCCUUGAUUUCAUUGGAACUUUGAGAAAAAUCUUCAACCUGGAGUCUAGCUUUCUCCUGGCCUUCCUGAUUCAGAUGAACAGUGGUUUGCAGGGCCCUGGAAUAGGCCUGGGUUGCACCAAGCUAAGCAGUUUCUUGUCUAAUGAAAGAAAAGCCCCAGAGCCAUUUAGGAAUAUGCUGUGCAGAAGCAGAAGAAACAACUCCAGUAUAAUCUUUUUGCUGAAAUCCAUUAUCCUGCAAAUAAAACUUUUUCAAUAGACAGUUUAUAGUAGCAGGGAAACCCCAUUCCUAAACUGCAGAGGAGAAAAUGACAAUUAAAUUUGCUUGGGAUGACGGGUCUUCUCUGUACCCAUGGAUGUUUAAAUAUAAAGCGAGAGAGGCUCUUAACUCUUGACUCACAUAUGUAAAAUUCAAAGUGCCAAUAAAACUUCUGGGACUACCUGGA